UUUCUAUAAAACGCGAUCAUUUCCGUCGGGCGAGUUUGGCUCUCUGUUCCUCUAUUGAAUCCAGAAAAAAAGGCGAACUGUAUUAAAAAAACAAAGAGAUAUCAAAGAUCGUUGUAAUUGCGAGCAACGCCGUGGUAUAACCGCACCGGAAAUGGAUAAUCCUGGAAAUCCGCAAGAUAUGGUUGUGCCACCAGUUGAAGGUGUUGCAGGGGGAGGCACAGCAUAUGGAUGGAAUGACAGUGGUCUCCAUGUCUCGAAUCCACUCAAGGGCUCAAUUGACCCCUCAGAAGUUCCAACUGCUGAUUUAAUACAUGUGUGGUGCCUCCCAAGCACAGCAAAUAUUGGACCACAAGAAGUGCCUAGAAAUUUAGAGCCUAUAAGCCUUCUGGCAGCUAGAAAUGAGAGAGAAAGUGUUCAAAUUGCUAUCCGUCCAAAAGUCUCUUGGAGCUGUUCUGGUGUUGCUGGGGUUGUGCAGGUUCAGUGCGGUGACUUAUGCUCUGCAUCUGGUGAUUGCCUGAUUGUUGGCCAAUCAUUAACAUUGCGACGUGUGGUUCCUAUAUUGGGUGUACCAGAUGCUCUUGUCCCUCUUGAUCUUCCAAUUAGCCAAAUAAGCCUACAACCAGGGGAGACAAGCACUAUCUGGGUUUCUAUAGAUGUGCCAAAUACACAGCCCCCAGGCCUAUACGAAGGAGAGAUUAUCAUUAAUGCUACAAAGGCAGAUUCAGAAUCCUCAUCACAAUGCUUGGGCAAGGCUGAGAAGCAUCAACUAUUCAUGGAACUUCGUAACUGUCUUGAUGCUGUGGAGCCUAUAGAUGGAAAACCAUUGGAUGAAGUGGUAGAAAGAGUGAAAUCUGCAACUACGUCUUUAAGAAGAGUUCUCCUGUCUCCAUCAUUUUCUGAGUUCUUUUCAGAUAAUGGACCUGUUGAUAUGAUGGAUGAAGAUGCUAUAUCAAACCUUUCAGUACGGGUCAAGUUAAGUUUGACAGUUUGGGACUUCAUUAUUCCAACAACUCCGUCACUUCCUGCUGUAUUUGGUAUAUCUGACACCGUAAUUGAGGAUCGCUUUGGUGUUGAACACGGGAGCAAUGAGUGGUAUGAUGCAUUGGAACAGCAUUUCAAGUGGCUUCUUCAGUACAGAAUUAGCCCAUAUUUUUGCAGAUGGGGUGAUAGCAUGCGUGUUUUGACUUACACAUCUCCCUGGCCAGCGGAUCAUCCAAAAUCAGACGAAUAUUUUUCAGACCCACGACUAGCAGCAUAUGCUGUUCCAUAUAGUCCAGUUGUCUCUCGUAAUGAUGCAGCAAAGGAUUACUUGCAGAAAGAAGUUGAGAUCUUGAGGACAAAAGCUCAUUGGAAGAAAGCAUACUUUUACCUGUGGGAUGAGCCACUGAACAUGGAACAAUAUGAGUCUGUUCGCAACAUGGCAAGUGAGAUUCAUGCUUAUGCUCCUGAUGCUCGUGUUUUAACCACUUACUAUUGCGGCCCAAGUGAUGCUCCUCUUGCACCAACUCCUUUUGAGGCUUUUGUAAAAGUGCCAAAGUUCCUACGCCCUCACACUCAAAUCUAUUGUACAAGUGAGUGGGUUUUUGGUAAUCGAGAGGAUCUGGUUAAGGAUGUUAUUUCUGAAUUGCAGCCAGAAAGUGGAGAGGAAUGGUGGACAUAUGUCUGCAUGGGUCCAUCUGACCCACAUCCAAACUGGCAUCUUGGAAUGCGAGGAACACAGCAUCGUGCUGUGAUGUGGCGUGUAUGGAAGGAAGGUGGAACCGGUUUUCUGUAUUGGGGUGCCAACUGCUACGAGAAGGCAACAGUUCCCAGUGCAGAGAUAAGAUUUAGACAGGGCCUCCCUCCAGGUGAUGGGGUUUUAUUCUACCCUGGUGAGGUGUUCUCAUCUUCAAGUCAACCUGUUGCUUCACUUAGACUAGAGCGCAUUCUUAGUGGCUUGCAGGACUUUGAAUACCUGAAGCUUUAUGCAUCAAGAUAUGGCAGGGAGGAAGGGCUUGCCCUUUUAGAGAAGACAGGUGUUUAUCUAGGUCCCGAGCGUUACACCGUUGAACAUGUACCCAUUGAUAUAAUGCGGGGUGAGAUUUUCAACACAUGUAGAUCAUCAUGAAUUCAUGAAUACCUGUCAUUAUGUCAUUGACAUUCCCUUUUUGUUUUUGUAACAGUAUUUUCAUUCAUAGAAUAGAAACUUUUUGUAUUGUAUAAAUUAUGCAAUGGUAAAAAGACAAAAUUUAAGAAAACUCUCGGCCAACUCUUCAAAUUUA